AUGAAAAUGGGCAAAAAUCAGCUCAGAAGAGCAAAGAAAAAGGCCCAAAAAGCAGAGAACAACGGUCCCCACAUUGACGAAAAGGCGUCACUGCAAACGUUGCCACCGCCAGUGGUCACUUCUCAAGAUGCAUUGGCUGAAACCGACACCGAUCUCUUUCCCGAACCAAAUGAUCCGCUUUGGGAAAUGUACAAGGGAGUUGCUGGAAAGUUUGAUGACACGGGGGUUGAGAAUCUGCCAACCAAGGAGUCUGAUAAACCUGAGGUCUUUUUCGAUGAUGGCGACGAAAUACCCGACGAGGAGCAAGAAAGCGAACCAAAGAUCUCCAAAAAGAAACGAAAAGCGAUGAACAAGUUGUCAGUUGCCGAGCUCAAAGCAAUGGUCCGAAAGCCUGAAAUUGUUGAAUGGACCGAUACAUCCGCCCCUGAUCCCCGACUACUCAUUCACAUUAAAGCUCAUCGGAAUGUGGUUCCAGUUCCCUCUCACUGGUCGCUCAAACGGGAAUAUCUCUCAUCUAAACGUGGUGUAGAGAAGGCGCCCUUUGCUUUACCAAAAUUCAUACAGGAGACGGGCAUAUCUGAAAUGCGCGACGCUGCUUUAGAGAAGCAGGAACAGGCGAGUUUGAAACAGAAGCAAAGGGAACGAGUGCAACCAAAGAUGGGAAAACUGGACAUUGACUACCAGAAGCUUUACGAGGCAUUCUUUCGCUUCCAAACCAAACCAGAGUUGACUCGCUACGGUGAGAUCUACUACGAGGGCAAAGAAUAUGAAACAAAUCUCAAACAUCUCCGACCCGGAGAGCUGAGCGACGAGCUAAUGGAUGCUCUUGGUAUGUCAUCAGGAGGCCCUACCCCGUGGCUCGUCAACCAGCAACGAUUUGGUCCCCCGUCUUCCUAUCCAGCAUUGAAAGUCCCCGGUCUUAAUGCGCCUCCCCCGCCAGGUGCCACGUGGGGUUACCACCCCGGGGGAUAUGGCAAGCCACCCGUUGAUGAACAUAAUCGUCCACUGUAUGGCGGUGAUAUCUUUGGUGUUUUACAACCACAGCAACACGCUCAGCAAGGAGAGCCGGUCGAAAAAGACCUCUGGGGAGAAUUGCAGGAAUCAGAUGAGUCUGAAGCGGAGAGUGAAGAAGAAGAGGAUGGCCAUGAUGACGACGAUGAACAGGAUACCGAUGAGGAUAGCCAUGGCGGUGGUGUUCAUUCGCCUAGUGGCCGGGAACUCCCAAGUGGAAUGGAUUCAACAAUGCCAUCUGAGUUCGUUGGCGCUGAGGAUGUCUCUGGGGAGUUUGACGUGCGCAAGCAUCAUCGCGGUAUUGAUACAGAGGAGUCUGUUCACCCUCGGAGUGCUUAUCAGGUGAUACCUGAGAAAUCAACCAAUGUUGAAGGCUUUUUUGGGGGCGAUAGGGCAUACGAUCUUAGUGUCUCCUCGAGCAAACCCCCUAUUCUCGGUGCCGAUGAUCAGACCCGGAAACGCAAAAAGCCUGGGGAUGUUGAAGUGUCAGUCGACUUGGAUGAAAUUCAAUCUGGCGACGGUCUUAGCAAAGAGAACCUUCGGACCAUGUACGAGUCGCAGAGGCAGCAGCAGAACCCACCCAGUUGGGGUUUCCAGGAGGACUUGAGUGACAUGAUUGCACAGGAAAGUCGCAAAAGGUUGCGAAAGGAAGAAGAAAGACGAGGCAAGGCAUAA